CCCAGAACUAAGGGGGUGCCCGUGCUUUGCACACCCUGGGGAAAGCCCCCGGGUCACGCGGUUGUGUAAGGAGUCUGUGACAUUCAGGCUUAUUCCCACUCUUCCGCCUACGGACGUAAGACUGAGGACCGUGGAGGCGCCGCCCGGAGUGCGGGCCGCUGAGGCGGGCGAGCGCGCGCACACGUACGCACGCACGCCCACCCGGCCCCAUCGCCCCUCGGGCCCCAGAGACAUAAUGGACACUGGUAGCCAUAGCCUUGUCCUUCUGCAGCAGCUGAACAUGCAGCGAGAAUUUGGUUUUCUGUGUGAUUGCACAGUUGCUAUUGGAGAUGUUUACUUCAAAGCCCAUAGAGCGGUGCUUGCUGCAUUUUCUAACUAUUUCAAGAUGAUAUUUAUUCACCAAACAAGUGAAUGUAUAAAAAUACAACCAACUGACAUCCAACCCGACAUAUUCAGCUAUUUGUUGCACAUUAUGUACACGGGGAAAGGGCCAAAACAGAUUGUGGAUCAUAGUCGUUUGGAGGAAGGGAUUCGAUUUCUUCACGCUGACUACCUUUCUCACAUUGCAACUGAAAUGAAUCAAGUGUUCUCACCAGAGACAGUGCAGUCCUCAAAUUUGUAUGGCAUUCAGAUCUCAACGACCCAAAAAACAGCUGUCAAACAAGGGCUGGAGGUCAAAGAAGCUCCUUCCAAUCACAGUGGAAACAGAGUUCCUCCCCAGGGUGACCACCCCCAGUUGCAGCUCUCUCUUGCUAUUGGGCUAGAUGAUGGCACUGCAGACCAGCAGAGGGCCCAUCCUGCUACCCAGGCUUUGGAGGAACACCAGAAGCCCCCAGUGUCCAUCAAGCAGGAGAGAUGUGACCCAGAAUCUGUGAUCUCCCAACGCCACCUCUCACCCUCAUCAGAGGUGACAGGCCCCACUUUUACCGAAAACAGUAUCAAAAUACACUUAUGCCAUUACUGUGGGGAACGUUUUGAUUCUCGUAGUAACCUAAGACAACAUCUCCAUACCCAUGUGUCUGGAUCGCUCCCAUUUGGUGUUCCUGCUUCCAUUCUGGAAAGUAAUGACCUUGGUGAAGUGCAUCCAUUAAAUGAAAAUAGCGAAGCUCUUGAAUGUCGCAGGCUCAGCUCCUUCAUUGUCAAGGAGAAUGAACAGCAGACUGACCACUCAAACCGGGGUACCACGGAGCCUUUGCAGAUCAGUCAAGUGUCUUUGAUCUCUAAGGAUACAGAGCCAGUAGAACUAAACUGUAAUUUUUCUUUUUCAAGGAAAAGAAAAAUCAGCUGUACCAUCUGUGGUCAAAAAUUUCUUCGAAAGAGCCAAUUGCUGGAACACAUGUAUACACACAAAGGUAAAUCUUACAGAUAUAACCGAUGCCAAAGGUUUGGUAAUGCAUUGGCCCAGAGAUUUCACCCAUAUUGUGACAACUGGUCUGCUGUCCCCCUGAAAAGUUCUCGCUUGUCUCAAGAACACAUAGAUUUGCCUUGUGCCUUAGAGUCAGAGCCCACACAAGAAAAUGCGGACACCAUCCUAGUCGAGUAGCAGCUUCUCCUUCAGAAUUUUAUACCAGUCCUGAAAAAGGAAAUUCACAUGGCAGUUUUUAUUCAUAAUUAUUUUCUUCCUCAAAUUCUGUUGACUUUCUUUCUUUACAACUUUUCCAGUGUUAAGGUUGUAUAUAUUAUGUUUUCUUAUAAGACAUAUUAAUACGUGCUAUUAAAAUGUAACUUUCGGGGGGAGGGAAAAAUAUAUAGCCUUCAAUCAGUGCUGGUCACUAUUCAUAAAUCAUAAUUUAGAAAUCAGAAAUUAAUGUAGAGAUAUGGAAACUUUAUAGAGUGAAUAGUUAUUUAUAGAAUUUCUAAGUUUUUCCAGGUUGUGGAAUCAGUAAAAUCAA